CUAAUUAGAUUUGCCAGGUCUAAUUCGUUAGUGCAUCAGAUAGUUUAUAGAAAUAAUACAGUUAAAUAUUCUCAGUAUUUUAUCUUGAACUGCCAGAAGUCGUAAAUAAGUCCGCACAAAAAGAAUGUUUUCAGCUUUGGGCUUCUUGGCCCGCUUUAAAUGCAUUCCAGGAUUCCUGGGUUUGCUAAAGUUUGUUGUGAAGUUGAAAAGUACCCGCUCAAAGUGGCACCAAUCCGUUGAGAAUCGCUCGCUUGUUCAGAAGUCGGAAGAAUCAAGAUGUCGUCCAAGACUCAAGCUUCGGAUCAAGAUCCGGUGUUGUUCCAUCGACUUCGAGGCUUGAAGGCUCCCAUAUCAGCCUUGGCCUUCAGUCCGGCCACGAAAUUAGUAGCAGCCGCUUCCCUGGAUCACUCCGUUUUCACUUGGAACUUUGGAUCCAAUGACAAAGACAAGACCGCCAUCAAAUAUGCUGGCCACUCGGAUGGCGUGUUAGACCUGGAUUUCUCGGGUCCGGGGCGCCUUCUGGCUUCUUGUUCUCGGGAUCGUACGGUUCGGAUCUGGAUUGCCUCGUCCACCCGAUGCGACUCGUCAGUUUUUCGGGCUCAUUCCGCUCCGGUUCGAUCGGUGGAAUUCUCUCCAUUUGAUUCGCAGAAGCUCAUCACUGCCUCAGAUGAUAAAUCCAUCAAGUUUUGGACGGUCAAUCGUCACGAAUUCAUCACUUCCAUCGCUGAACACACGAAUUGGGUGCGAUCGGCCCGAUAUUCGCCCGAUGGGCGCAUGAUCGCCUCUUGUUCCGAUGACAAAACCAUCCGUUUGUUUGACGAGAGAACUGGAGCCACCAUUCACGUUUUUGGUAAAGAACCGAAAGGUUUUGCCCAACACAUCGCCUUUCAUCCGAGUGGUACUUGUCUGGGGGCGGGUACUUCCGACAAUAAGGUCAAGAUUUAUGACAUCCGAAUGCAGAAACUCCAACAAUUGUACUCGUCCCAUGAAGCUCCCGUGACCAAGGUCUCUUUCCACGCCAGUGGGAAUUACAUCGUGAGUUCUUCGCAAGAUGGAAGCUUGCGAAUGUUUGAUCUUCUUGAAGCCCGACCCAUUUACGACCUGAGGGGCCAUAACAAGCCGGUUAACGCGGUCACAUUUUCCCCCAAAGGUGAAUAUCUAGCUUCCGGAGGCGAUGAUAAUGUCGUGUUCAUUUGGAAGACCAAUAUUGACGAAAAAGAUCGAGGUUUGAGGCCGAAUUCGGCCCAGCAGUACGAAGAAAAAAUUCAAGAAACCAAACGUGAAUUGGCCAAAUGUGAUGUGUUGUCGGAAAAGAUGAAGAACAAAGAAAAUCAAGCAAAGGGACCCGCCACUAACAGCAAACCACCACCCUCAACCAGUAAGGGUGAUACGGAGAUCUCAACGGGAAAACUACUCCAAGAAAACCAAGAGUUAAGGGAAGAAAACGAACAGCUCAAAGAAGAACUUGCGGACACCUCCAUGAAAGUGGAAGCUCUAACGGAAACUGUCAUUCUCAUGGAGAAGCGUAUUACCCUUCUCGAAGAUCAACUCAAAUUAUCUGCCAGUAUGGCUGAUAUUUCUUUGGGCGAACGAUGAUGUGCUCAUUUUUACUGCCGUACUUUGUGUGAUAAAUUGAGCUUCAAUUUAUCAUUGACCUAUCUGUUCCUUGACCCCAAAUCAUGACUUCACAAUAAAGUUUCGCUUAACAUAUACAAGGUGGUGGUGCUAUUGAUUAUGGAACUGCCCUUUCCAACGUAACAAGAUUCGCUUCAAACUCAUAUUUUUAACAACCAAAAACACGCCCAACAGGGCGGAGCGUGACAUUGCCUACUCUACCAAGUGGUACGAAGAUAUAUAGAAAGCCAUGAUGGUCCAUGUGCAUACUUGAUUCAACUGAAAUUCAAAUUCCACUCGAAAAAUGUCCAUUCUAAUUCGUGAUGUGGAAGAGACAAAAAUUCACUGAAAGACAAUUUGAUAACAAGUCUUUUCUUAAGAACUGCAUUUUUUGAGCGAUUUCAGACCCUCUAAAUCUAUUUUCUACAAUUAGCCUAUGACCAGUUUGAUGAAGUUUGAGAAUAACCGUUGAAUUCGGAAAACAUGACACAUGCAAAUGCUAUUACUUGCUCCAAAAAUAUGUAUUCAUGCCAGAUUUCAUAAGUCUAACAGCUGUUCAUUGUCUCCAAAAACCUAAUGGAUUGUUAUUAUCUUUCAUCAUAUGCCAAACUCGGUCACCUUCGUAUCAUUUUCCCGCUUCAAACGGGUUAUGUCUCGAGUCAACUGGUUAAUCGUAAUCCGGCCGUCAAAUUCUCAAAUUCACAACAGAGAGAAAGUAGAUAAUUUCGUUAUUGCGCCCUUAAAUGAAAUGGAUUAUCCCAAGAUUACGUCGAUCUUUUCGCAAAAAAAGUUCCAGUUCCGGAGUUCACAGCCAGGAAGCAAGGGCAGCGUUACACAAGGACCCGUCGCAAAACCAGGGGGGCCAAUUAAGCCACCUGCCGUCUUGACCCACGGUCCCUUUGGUGACGUCUCUCUCACGCAAAGUCAGGGAUUUUUACCGAUUUUUUCACAAGAACGGGGUUAUGCUCUGAAACGACCUGAACCAACCAAGGAUGCGAAACCUGAUCGAAAGGGCCCAAUCCUGGGAGCAAAAGGAUGUCGAGUUCUCACGGGUAAUGUGUCAAAGGCUAAGGAAUGGAUCAAGGCUCCUUUACCUUUUUCUCCGAUAGUUAUUGUUUUCGGGAAAUUGUUCUGUCCCAUGAGGAAAGUCGCCUUGGAUAACAGGGCCAAAGUACCCAAGAUGACUUCAGAAACACCGCCAUCACCAUUCAAGAUGUCUUUGGUUCUCCAAGACGAGCUAAAUCCAGUGCAUAAGCUACGUUGUGUUUUCUAUAACAUUGAUCGAGAUUUGCCUAUCUAUGAGCCCGGGACUUGGCUCAAGGUUGUGGGCAAACCCCAAGGCAAUGGCUCUCUCUUGGCUGUGAGCUAUGGGCCGGCGCCUAAAGUAAACACUUUGCAAAGGCUAAUCUUCUUUUCUCAGAGAGGAAUCAAGUUAGGCUCAGCUCAAGUCAAGAAACUUGAGGAGUCUGAAAAAUCAGGACCUGGCAAUUCUUCGCAGUAUUUUCCACGAAAAAGCAACUCGUCCAUGAUUUCAAAUUAACAUAAGCAUAUGAUAAUGUCACAAAAAUGAAAUUUUCCGUACAUUUA